AUGCAGGGCCUGAGGGGUUAAUCCGUCUGGCCGGCCCCGUGCCUCAGACGCCUCAGCCUGGAAGUGGGGGGGGCGGGGACGUAGCAACUUCCAAGUCCUCCUCAUCCCCAAAAUCCCGGAGCUGCCGGCCUCCCGUCCAUCCUCUCCCCGCCCGCAGCCCAGCACCUCCCCGCCGGUGUGUGGUCAGAGGAAGGAGCCGGAGUGCUAGCGCGGCGGCCGGGCAGCUCUGUGCCGUGUAUGCACCCCGUGCUCUCCCGGAGACCCCCAUUCUGGCGGCAGCAGCAGAUCCCCUCGCCGCGCGGUUGUCAUGGUAACCGGGGGCGGCGGUAGCAGCAGCAGCAGCAGGCCGGAGGAAGCAGCAGCACCAGCACCACAGCCCCGGGAAGCAGGAGACCAGUGACCCCGCUGCAGGAGGCAACUGUGUGAGGGGUAUUGGGGUGAGAGGGGGCAGGAGAGCACCCAGCAUGGAGGACGGCUUCCCCAGCUACAGCAGCAGCCUGUAUGACACCACCUCCCUCUUCCAGUUCUGCAAUGAUGACAGCGCUUCGGCCUCGAGCAGCAUGGAGGUGACCGACCGCAUCGCAUCCCUGGAGCAGCGGGUGCAGAUACAGGAGGAUGAGAUCCAGCUGCUGAAGUCCGCCUUGGCCGACGUAGUGAGGCGACUGAAUGUCUCGGAAGAGCAGCAUGCUAUGCAGAGCCGGAAGGGACCCACCAAAGCCAGACCCUUGGUCCAGACGUUGCCGCUGAGACCGGCUGUUAACAAUGAAACCAUCUUACCAAAGAAACCCAGCAGCUCUCUCCCAUCUCCUUCAGGGACCAGGAAAGAUAUUGUUCCGCUAGCAUCCAAAAGCAAGUCUAUGCGUCUCUUCAAUACAUGUAAAUUAACUAAAGCCACCGGAAGCAACGUCAAACGAACCAACUCUACAGAACGCAUCUCUCCGGGCGGCCGAAGGGAAAUCGGCGGUGAUGCCAAAAGCAGUCGGAACCGCGCUGGAUCCACCAGCAGCACUUCCAGUGGAAAGAAGAACAGCGAGAGCAAACCCAAGGAACCAAUGUUCAGCACUGGGAAGCGGCGGGUGACGCACUGCAAAGAGGAAGGUUAUGUAAAAAUGUUUCUACGAGGGCGUCCGGUCACCAUGCACCUACCCAAAGAUCAAGUGGAGUCCUACAACUUGGAGGCGAAGGCGGAACUUCCAGCCAAAAAACUUAAACUGGAAUGGGUCUAUGGCUACCGAGGCCGCGACUGCCGCAUGAACCUGUACCUUCUACCUACCGGGGAAACGGUUUAUUUUAUAGCUUCUGUUGUCGUCUUAUAUAAUGUGGAAGAACAGCUGCAAAGACAUUACACUGGCCACAAUGAUGACGUCAAGUGCCUCGCCAUCCAUCCUGAUAAAAUUACCAUUGCAACAGGCCAGGUUGCAGGUACUUCUAAGGAUGGAAAACAAUUACCGCCACACGUCCGUGUUUGGGAUUCUGUGACGCUCAACACAUUACAUGUCAUCGGCAUGGGAUUCUUUGACCGAGCUGUCACGUGUGUUGCUUUCUCCAAGUCUAACGGAGGAGGAAACCUGUGCUCUGUGGAUGACUCCAACGACCACGUGCUCUCCGUCUGGGACUGGCAGAAGGAAGAGAAGCUGGCAGACGUUAAGUGUUCCAAUGAAGCUGUAUUUGUGGCCGACUUCCACCCCACAGAUACAAACACUAUAGUCACGUGCGGGAAAUCGCAUCUUUAUUUCUGGACCUUAGAAGGAAAUUCUUUGAUUAAGAAGCAAGGAUUAUUUGAGAAACAAGAGAAACCAAAGUUCGUGCUGUGCGUCACUUUUUCGGAGAACGGCGACACAAUCACCGGGGACUCCAGUGGGAACCUCCUGGUUUGGGGAAAAGGUACGAAUAGGAUUAGCCACGCCAUCCAGGGAGCUCACGAAGGUGGCAUUUUUGCACUCUGCAUGCAGAGAGAUGGAACGUUGGUGUCUGGAGGGAAGGACAGAAAACUUAUAUCCUGGGCCGGAAAUUAUCAGAAACUGAACGUAGCUGAGAUUCCAGAGCAGUUUGGCCCGGUGCGGACUGUGGCAGAAGGAAAGGGGGACGUUGUGCUAAUCGGUACCACUAGAAACUACGUUCUUCAGGGCAAUUUAUCAGGAGUCUUUACCACAAUCACCCAGGGUCAUACUGAUGAACUGUGGGGGUUAGCUGCACAUUCUCAGAAGCCUCAGUUCCUGACGUGUGGUCAUGACAAACAGAUAACGCUGUGGGAUGCCAUCAGCCAUAGUCCAAUCUGGACCAAGACCAUUGAGGAUCCAGCGCAGUCCUCUGGUUUCCACCCUAGCGGGUCUGUUGUAGCGAUAGGGACUCUCACAGGGAGGUGGUUUGUGUUAGACACAGAGACCAAGGAUCUGGUCACCGUACACACAGAUGGGAACGAGCAGCUCUCGGUCAUGUGUUACUCCCCAGAUGGAAAUUUCCUUGCAAUCGGUUCCCAUGACAACUACAUCUAUAUUUAUGCUGUUAAUGAGAAUGGAAGAAAAUACAGUCGCAUUGGCAAAUGCUCGGGUCAUUCCAGUUUUAUCACUCACCUGGAUUGGUCGGUGAACUCGCAGUAUUUGAUGUCUAAUUCCGGAGAUUACGAAAUCUUGUACUGGAUCCCCGCGGCCUGCAAGCAAGUAGUAAGUGUGGAAACCACCCGAGACCUGGAUUGGGCCACACACACCUGCACGCUGGGAUUCCACGUUUUUGGUGUGUGGCCAGAAGGCUCGGACGGGACGGACCUGAAUGCCAUCUGCAGAGCAGCAGACCAGAAGCUUCUGGCUACAGGAGAUGAUUUCGGCAAAGUGCAUCUCUUUUCAUAUCCCUGCUCCCAGUUCCGGGCAUCCAGCCACGCUUAUGGAGGCCACAGUAGCCACGUCACCAAUGUGGGCUUUUUACAUGAAGACAGCCACCUGGUCUCUACUGGUGGGAAGGACAUGAGUAUCAUGCAGUGGAGACUUGUCUAGGCCACGGCUUGGAGGACCAUCAGAAUCUGCGACACCGACACUUGCCUUCUUCCCGUGUCUGACCUGGGCAGGUCUCUUAAAGGGUCUUCGGAGACGUCCUAGAGGAGAACUCAGGAACGGAAGCCCUGGUCACUUGCCCAGGCACAAUCGCCUCCCUGUGUCCUUAUAACAGGGGGGUAUUCUAUACCUACAGUAUAAUCUACUACUCGUAAUACGCUCUACAUUGUAACUCAAUGCUCGAAGGUCUUAUAUUCUGUUCUGAUGUAAUGUUCAAUGAUUAUAAUGUACUGUAAACCUGUGUUGCAAUAAGUCUAUCAUAAAAUAAUAAUUAUACUUUGUGUACUCAUUGUUUUUACCAUGAGCAGUAUUCUAAUAAUGAUGGUAAAAGACUUGGUACGUGCAGUUGCCUUCACGCAGUGGGAGAUAUAAAUGUGAAUGUCUAUUGGUGUCAUUGUGACUUUUGGCAUGUAAUGUAUUUGCUUGUCCUCUGUUCUGUCGGAGGCCAAUCCCAAAUUUCAUUUCGGAUCAGAUUUGUAACAAUAGUUGGGCAUUGCGGAUGUCUUAUUGCUGCAGAAUGUAUUUUGCAAACCUUUGUUUUGUGUUCGUUUUACCUGCUGUGUGUAUAUAACCUGCAAUAAUGUUUUCUACACUUCCUAAAUAACUUUUACACUUAGUAGCUCAGUAACACUGCCAUGGCUGUCAUUGCAAAUUCCCUCAUUCUAAAGUGUCUGUUUCCACCUGGUGCUACUCAGGGCAUGCAUUACGUGACCUUUACAAAGGAUCCUUGCAGCCAUCUUUGGGCCUGAAUUGGUUAUAUGGAAAAAGGGGGUAGGUGGUGGGGGGUAGGUGGGUCUAACCAGACGUUGGACAUGUUGCAGAUGUAGAUUUGUGGGAAUUUGCAGGCUUGAGGAUAAAAGCUGGACAUGUUGCAGGUGGUGGUGGUGGUGGUGGUAGAAGAUAUGCUGGACAUGUUGCAGGUUGGAGGAUACAGAAUAGACAUGUUGCAAGUGGAGGUGGUAGAAGAUAUGUUGGACAUGUUGCAGGUGGGGGUGGUAGAAGAGAAGCUGGACAUGUUGCAGGUGGGGGUGGUAGAAGAUAUGCUGGACAUGUUGCAGGUGGGAGUGGUAGAAGUUAUGCUGGACAUGUUGCAGGUGGGGGUGGUAGAAGAUAUGCUGGACAAGUAGCAGGUGGGAGUGGUAGACAAUAUGUUGGACAUGUUACAGGUUUAUUGGGGGGGGCUUCAGGUUGUAUCAUAUACUCCAGACAUAUUGCAGGGUUGGAGACAGAAGAAGAGCUGGACCUCUUGCAGGUGGGGGUGGUAGAAGAUAUGCUGGACAUGUUGCUGGUUUUGAUGAGGGGGCUUCAGACUGCAGCAUAUGUGCAGGACACGUUGCAGGUGGUGAGAACCAGAAGAUGAGCUGGACAUGUUGCUGGCUUAGAUGUGUUUUAUAUUGGGCGCGUUUCAGGUGUUUGCCCAGCCUGUCCUAGAUACCAUUAACUCCUUGCUUUAUGCCAUUAAACCUUAUAAUAGAUUUAUGGAAAAAGGAACUUUCGCAUCGAUUGUACAUCACAACUAUGGACUCAAGAUAAUCCCUGUAAAUGUUGGUGUUGACUAUUUAGUGGCCCUUGGAGCUUUUAGGGUUUCAUCUCUUAUGGUGGUCAGCUGUAUGGUCAGGGCCUGAAGUUCUGACAUUGGGGUGAAGCUUUACUGCUGCGUGUUUUGGUGCUAGAAUGUGACCUGAGCUGCAGAGAUUGUGAAACGCGUUGUCAGGUAUAAAGAAGAAGAUGACCUGGCCAUUAGUGCUUUAAUGUCUCCCAGAUUCAUAAUUAUGGGAUUUCUGGCAAUUGAUAACCAAGCAAGUAACUAGGCGGGGAUUGUGACGUCACCCUUUAAGCGCUUUACUGUUUGGCGCAUAAACUACUGCUUCAAUAAUAACGCAUCGCUAUGUGUAACCUGCAUCACUUCUGAACCACUUCUAAGUCGAAAAUUCAAAUGUAUUUAACUGGGGCGUACCUUAACCUAUAUAGCCAAGUGCCUUUCCCGUGUUACAAUACCAAUAUUUCUUCCUAAGAGGCACUUUGAUAUGUCAUGAAACAUUGAAUAUAUUGUUGCAGUCACAUGACUAAUGACGGGAAUGUUACUAGUGAAUAUUACAUGUACCCUUACCUCCGAUACCGUACUGUGCUGACGCUGUACGCUUUUAUGCAGCAGCGAGGCCGCGCUUUACAUGUUCAUUUCUGUGAGGUAUUGUAAAUGUGUAUUUUUAAAAAGUGCGACACACUCAUGUAAAGUCUUUUUAUUGUAAUGCGUUUGCAUGGAAGGGAACAUGGAUACAAACUUGACUAGAAAACCAUUUAAACGUCUGGUCUUAAUAGUAGCUUUUCAUGUUUACUAGGAGAGUUUAUACGAUGCUUAAAGAAACCUUUUAUUGCAUAAGAUUGUUUAAAUCAAAAGCUUGAAAUGCAUUGUUUACAUGAGGGGGGGACUAAGGAGAAGAAAAUAAAUCUGAAGUUUGAUAUGAAUAAA